UGGCCGCCGCGACGCAUCGCCAGUUAAAAAUACCGACAGACAGGUCAAUGACGUUCAACCUGUUAUCGCACAAAUAAAACAUCAAAAUCAACCAAAUAAAAUGGACAUUAAUGAACAAACAUUCAAGGAUGAAUUCAGCAAGUUUAUCUCCAGUCUACAGAAACUCCUGCCCAAGAAAAAAGAUUUCAUCAACAUCGAACCGUUGAAACCCAAAGUGAUAAGACUCGCAGACGUUCACAAUGAAGCUAAGAGUGUCUUCCCAAAGUGCUUCAUCGGUACCAAGCUCGUCAUCAUGAGGGAAAUCCUGGACAGAGUCAAGCUCCUCCAACAGUAUAACUACGGAAGAUCCAAGGAAUCUUACAAGUGCUACGACCUAUUUAUCCACAAAGAAAUGGAGCCUAAAUCGCCUCAAGAAGGAUUGAUAGUCGACUGGACCGGCUCUGCAACAGCUACGUACAACGAAAGCUUCGAGGGGUACGAUAUGCGUCUAAUCUCCAAAAUAAAGGACUUGAUUUCAUCAGAAAAUGAGAUUACGCUCGAGAAAUGUGGCGAGAAAACAAUCGCAUCUGUAUCCUGCACAAUGAAAGAUGUGGACCCGAAUACGGUGCAGUUGAUCGCUCAUUGGAUGUAUCAAAUAGUACCAGAGUUAACCAUUGGCACUGAACUUGGUAUCCAACCGAUGAUCUAUCCGCCUGCACCGACGGUUUCAAUCAGUGCGAGGUAUGAAAAGCCAUCAUUCACGCUUUCUGGUACGCUCAGCCGUUUAGGUUUCCAAGGAUGUUUAUUCAAGCAAAUUGAUUCGAAUCUCCGGAUAGCCACAAUAGUGAACGAGAGUCCGAAAGGCCCGGCGACUGUAGGAAUCGCAUUGUCUAAGAAGUACGUCAAUGGGAGCUACGUGAAGAUAUUCGUGGAUUCUCAGCGUUGCGGUGGCUUCACAGUUCAAAAAGACGUGCUUUUCCAUGACCCUCCGAAUGAAUUAAGAGUAGUGAGCCUGAUUGCAAGCGUUCUUCUAGACCGACAAAGAAGAUUACGCCUCGGCUUUGGUUUCAACCUCGACUUCUAAUAACCCAGUGUGUUUUUUCUAGCAUUAUUUAUUUGUAUAUAAGUAUACAUGUUUUAACUAUCAAUUUAUUGUGCGGUCUUUAGUGAGCUUAAAUUUACAAACACGAAGACUUAGAAUGUUGAUAAAUCUCAUAUCGUGUUUUUACAUUCAUUAUGAUUUGAUUUCUAGAAUUAAAAUCAAUAAAAAUAGUGUUCGUCA